AUGUUCGGUCGGUGGAUAAUUAAAAUUAUAAUAAACCAAAACUAUGUACUUUGCAUUUUACAUAUUAAAUUGUAGAAACUGAGUUACCAAAUUUCAGUGUCUUACACUUCAACCAUUCUUCUUUCUUGGCCAAAAUGCAUACAAAAACUGAUUCAGAAGAUACGAGCUUGGCUCCUUCGUCGCCGGACAAUAGAGGGCCGACGGCGUAUUACGUUCAGAGUCCGUCACGUGAUUCUCACGAUGGCGAGAAGACAACGACGUCGUUUCACUCUACUCCUGUUAUCAGUCCCAUGGGUUCUCCUCCUCACUCUCACUCAUCCGUCGGCCGUCACUCCCGUGAUUCCUCUUCCUCCAGAUUCUCCGGCUCCCUCAAGCCUGGAUCUCAGAAGAUUUUACCCGACGCCGCCGGAGGCGUCGGCGGCCGUCACCACCGCAAAGGGCAGAAGCCCUGGAAGGAAUGUGAUGUUAUUGAGGAAGAAGGACUACUUGAAGAUGAUAGAUCCAGUAAAUCUCUUCCACGUCGUUGCUAUGUCCUUGCUUUUGUUGUUGGUUUCUUCGUCCUUUUCUCCUUCUUUGCUCUCAUCCUUUGGGGUGCUAGUCGACCUCAGAAACCCAAAAUCACCAUGAGGACCAUAAAAUUUGAUCAUUUUGGGAUUCAAGCUGGUUCUGAUGCCACAGGAGUAGCAACUGAUAUGAUCUCCAUGAAUGCUACUGUGAAAUUCCUUUACCGUAAUACUGCAUCAUUUUUCGGUAUGAAGAAAUUUUACCAAUCAAGAAAGAGCCAAAGAGUUGUAGCUGUAUCAGUUAUAGGGAACAAGAUUCCAUUAUAUGGAGGUGGAGCAAGUUUGAGCACACCAGCAGGGGCGACGCCAUUACCAGUGCCACUAAAAUUAAACUUCAAGCUUCGAUCAAGAGCUUAUGUCCUAGGGAAAAUGGUAAAGCCCAAGUUCUACAAGACAAUUGAUUGUCUACUUACUCUUCGUCCCCAGAAGAUGAACGCCGCAAUUUCACUAAAGAAUUGUACCUACAGUUGAUUAUGGAGCUAUCUAAGUUGGUAAAGUUUUGAUCUUUUUUCUCAAAUCUUGAUUGUCAACAAAGUGAAUUGAUAGCUAUUGGGGUCUCUAUCUUUUGCCCCCACUACUUACCAACUUUCUCUCUGGAGUAGAAUGUGGACAGCCUGUGUUACAUGUUACAACAAAUUUUCCAACUAGCCGCUACUGGAAAAUGGACAGAACAAGAAUGUGACAAUUAUUCAUUUCUCAUGUUAAUUCACCUUGUUAUUAUAUAAUAAUCUAUACCACAAUAUAUAGAUUGAUUUGUUUAUUUGUUUUGGAAGUUGAAUAGUACUUUUUUUUCUUUAUUUUAUUAGAAGUUGUUAAUGAAUAAUGGUCUCUUGAGUUUCCACCGCUAAGAGUUUUUUGUUUUUUUUUAAAUUCAAUGGAGGAGAAGGGAAUCGAAUCCUCAAAACCAACUAAACUAUUAAGAUUUUACUAUAUUGGAAUAAAAGUUCAA